CCCUCCUCUCUGAGUGAUACUGGGUUAUCUGGGAUACCUGCCUGCUGCAGGGGGAUGGUCUGGCAGGGACACACAUCCCUGAGUGUAAAUACAGAAAAUGAAAUAAACAUUUUCAUUCUUAAAAACCAACUCUCGUCAGAAAGUGGUUUGAAAUUCAUUUGGUUAAAUAGGAGCCUCUGGGAAGUCAGAUGAGGAGAGAACUUGUUAUUGACAAGCCUUGCACUAUUCUUGAACAACAAGUUUACUCUAGCAUCUGAGGUCCUCUUCACUGUGGGCUUGGGCUUCUCUGUCCCAGGGGACACCUUGAGGAAAACAAGUGUUGAUAGAGACUGGACCAGUAUUGUGAGGCCAUCAGAGAGAGCAGUUGUGGAAUUCCUCCCUUGUCAUACUGGAUUUUUAGCUGGUUGUGCAGCAGUGGCUGUGUUUCACAGGGCAGACUCCAUGUAGAUACAUGCCCUCAUGUCUCAGAGCUGCUGCCUUGCCCCCACCAGUCCAGGGAAAUUCAGUAACCCCUUGGCUGGGCAUUGGAAGGGCCUGCACCAUCAUGAAUAUGAUUUAUCAAAUGAGAAAGCCCAGGUUUUCGGAUGUCAUCCUGGCAACAAUUUUGGCUACCAAGUCAGAUAUGUGUGGCAAAAAGUUUGAAUUGAAGAUUGAUAAUGUUCGUUUUGUGGGCCAUCCCACCUUGCUCCAGCAUGCCCUCGGGCAGGUAUCCAAAACUGACCCCUCCCCAAAGAGAGAGAUGCCCACCAUGAUUCUGUUCAACGUGGUGUUUGCACUGAGGGCCAACGCAGACCCAUCUGUGAUCAGCUGCCUGCACAACCUGUCGCGCAGGAUCGCCAUCGUCCUGCAGCACGAGGAGCGUCGCUGCCAGUACCUCACCCGUGAGGCCAAGCUCAUCCUGGCCAUCCAGGACGAGGUGUCUGCCAUGUCAGAGAGUGAGUGCUUUGAGCAGCAGUGCCUCUGUCCAGGAGCGCUCCCUCUGAGAGCCACAGAAGGGCCCCAGUCACCUUUUCAUCACAUCCUACCCAAGUGCAAACUGGCCAGAGAUCUCAAAGAGACAUAUGACAGUCUCUGCACGACAGGAGUGGUUCGUUUACACAUCAACAACUGGCUGGAAGUGAGUUUCUGCCUUCCUCACAAAAUCCACUAUGUUGCCACCAACUUCAUACCCCCAGAAGCAAUCGAGAGAAGUCUGAAAUCUAUCAGGCCUUACCAUGCCUUAUUACUUUUAAAUGAUGAGAAGUCAUUGCUUAAUGAGCUCCCGUUGGACUGCUCUCCUGCCCUGGUGAGAGUAAUUAAAACUACCUCUGCCGUGAAGAAUUUGCAGCAACUGGCUCAAGAUGCUGACUUGGCAUUGUUGCAGGUUUUCCAGCUUGCAGCACAUCUUGUUUACUGGGGCAAAGCAAUUAUUAUUUAUCCUCUUUGUGAAAACAAUGUCUACAUGCUUUCUCCAAAUGCCAGUGUCUGCCUUCACAUUUGUUGUCCUGUCAGCACGGGGAGGGGGCACAGCCACAUCUGCAGCUGCAGUUGGCACACUCAGAGGUUGUUUACUCUCCACUGGCAGAUGCCUUUUCCUGUCAGUUCCGGGGUCACAACCUGCCCUCCAUGCUGGCCAAGUUCUCCCUCCCUGUGUCCCUCUCCGAGUUCAAGAACCCGCUGGCACCGCCUGUGCAGGAGCCUCAUGAUUUAUUGUUUCGUGUCCUCGUGCCAAAAAGCUGUGGGGAUGUUCAAGACCCAGCUGAUCCAGAUGGUGAUCUGGAUGCUCCAGCACCGGCUCCUGAUCCAGCUGCACACCUACGUGUGCCUGAUGGUGCCCCCGAACGAGGAGGAGUUCCGAGCCCAGGAUGAGGACAUGCCCUUCACUGCCAGGGUUGGGGGACGAAGUCUGAGCACUCCCAACGCUCUCAGCUUUGGCUCUCCAACCAGUAGUGAUGACAUGACUCUGACAAGCCCUAGCAUGGAUAAUUCCAGUGCUGAGUUGAUACCUGGUGGGGACUCACCCCUAAAUAAGAGGAUGACAGAGAAUCUCCUGGCAAGCCUGUUGGAACACGAGCGGGAAGCCAUCCUGAAUGUCCCAGCUGCCCAGAAUCCAGAAGAUCUUCGCAUGUUUGCAAGGCUGCUGCACUACUUCCGAGGCCGGCACCACUUGGAGGAGAUCAUGUACAACGAGAACAUGCGGCGCUCGCAGCUGCUGAUGCUGUUUGACAAGUUCCGCAGCGUGCUGGUGGUCACCAGCCACGAGGACCCCGUCAUCUCAGUGUUCCAGUCGCUCCUGAAGUGACUUUGGUGGCAUAGAGAGAAGAGCCUGCCACGCUCUCCACGCUGACAGUCUAAAGGAUGCCUAAAAACUGAAGGAGGUGCUUUCAGUUCUCCUUGCCACGUGACACACAGCAGGUUGUCCCCAUCCAUGCAUCGAUGUCCCAGCUGCUCCCCAAGACUUCAGGGCCUGCUGCAGGACAGGACGUGCUUGCUCAGCCUGGAUUCCUGCCCUGCAACGUGCACAGCCCUUCCCUGGCCCUGCUGCUCCCCGGGGAUUGUCGCAGUGGGACAGGAGGGUUCUGCUGUGGCACUGCUGGCAGAAGGUCACCUUUGGGGGGAUGCUGGUGCUCUGGGAGUGCUUCCUGUGCAUGACUGCUGGGACACUCAGCCAUGAGAGCCUAUCCCCAUAGCACAGCAUGCAUGGCCUUGCUCCAGGGCACAAGGGAGCUGGCCUGGCUCCAAGGGCAAUGACCCUGGGCACCCAGGAAUUCUGUUUGAUCUCACAACAGCAAGGACAGAGGUGGGACAGCAAAGUAUCACAAGUAAACAUGAAAUCAUGAAUGAAUGACUCA